AAAACAUAUUAGUUGGCGAUUUGCUUGCGCAUCUUCUUCACAUGAUGAUAGAACCAAGUGAUUUAUUUUUUUUCAAUGCUACAGAAUGGCAAAGUUCGUUUCAUCACAUUUCCUAUUUGUAUUGGCAAUCAUAUCGACUGUUAAUGGAUUUGAACCAAAAGCUAACAUCGAAGAUCAAACAACAUUACGUCUUGUGCAAUUAAUUCAUUCACAUGGUGAUCGAACACCAGGACAAUUUGUACAUAAUGAUCCUUAUAGUUUAGUGAGACAUUUUUGGCCAGAAGGUAUCGGUCAACUUACUCGAUUAGGUCGGAACCGAAUGUACAAAGUCGGAAGAUUUUUUCAUGGAGUUUACGCAAAUUUUCUUAAUACUUAUCGCUAUCAGACAAAUGUUGAAAAUUUUAUUCAGGUUCGAAGUUCGAGUUAUCGACGAUGUUUGGAAAGUGCAUCGGCUCUCUCUGCUGGUUUGAUUGGAGGAUUAUCAAAUUUUGAGAGAGAAAAUGAUAAUUUUACUACAGAAGAAUUUAUUUACGAAAAUUUAGAACGUUUUUGGAUACCAAUACCUAUCAAAUCAUUCUCACCAAAAGGUACUGAUCCGUUACUAGAUGUUGAUUUUCCAUGUCCGAAUUUAGACAAAAUAUUUCAUGAAAUAAAGCAUCAAGAUCAUCGCAUCAAACAAGUCGAACAAGAAAAUCGUCAAUUUCUCAAAGAAAUUUCAUUUUAUGCCGGUGAAAAAAUUGACUCGUUAAAAUCGAUUAAUUUUUUGUACCAAGAAUUAUACAUUGAAACACAGGCAAAUUAUCAUUGGUAUAAAUUUCCUUAUCAAAUUUGGACGCAAAACUAUGAAUCGUAUGCUAUUCAACGAUUACGGGAAUUAUCGCAAAUUUAUUGGACAUUAUUCUAUGAUAAUUUUUCCAUUCAACGAUUGAUUGGUGGUGAAUUGAUUCGAGAAAUUAAUAAUAAUUUUCGGAAUUUCGUGAACGGAUCAAAUCGAGAAACGAAAUUCUAUCUGUAUUCCACACACGAUGGUAAAAUUGUUUCCAUUUUACAAGCAUUCGGCAUCUACAAUACAUUUCUUAUUUCACCCGGUGCAACAUUAGUUUUUGAGCUUCAUGAAAAUCAAUCGACUGAAAAUACCAAUUCGAAUGAUCUUUAUGGAAAUUAUUUUUUAAAAUUUUAUUAUUUUAAUGAAACCUUCUCUGAUAAUGGUGCUUGUGAAGUUUUUCCUGAAAAAUUUUGCCACAAUCAUCGACAAAUUUGUCCAUUGAAUCAUUAUAUGGAAAAAGUUUUCGAAUAUGAACCGGCCGAUAUUCGUUAUGAAUGUGGUGUGGAUAUACAUCAUCUUGGAACAAAAGUUAAUCUUAGCCUAAUGAUUACCAAUGGUAUUCUAUUGGUGAUAUUUAUACUUUUAUUGAAUAUUUUUGCAUGCAUCAACUAUACGAUCAAAUGAAGAUGAAGCGAAAAAUGUUUUAUUUCAACAAGAACAAAAUUACAUCGAGAAAGGAAUUACAUGUGUGUGAAAUUAAAUUCAUUUGUUUGUUAGCGUUUGUUGAUGAA